AGAGAUAGAGUUAAUAUGGAAAAUCAACUUGAAAAUCUUAAAAACACUCGAGCAAAAAUUUCUCGUGAUCAGAAUGUAAUAACUGACUUACAAGCAGAAAUAUUAAAUAAAGACCUGAUUAUCAAAAAAAUAAACGAAACAACACAAACCUACAUAUCUAAACUUGAAACUGAAAUGCAAUCUCUACAAGAGCUUUAUAAAAAUUCUACAGAAAAAAUAACCGAGUUGCAAGAAAAGUUAAUUAAUAUGUCUAAAGAUAAAAAUAACGAUGUGGAAGUAAUGAAAAAAUGUAAAAUUGCAUUAGAAAAGAAAUCUCAGGAAAUUUCAGAUUUACAAAACGAGCUACAAAUUUUGAAAAACAAAUCACUAACAAAUAUAGGAGUUCAAACAGUAUAUAAUCAAUCCCGAAAAAAUAUAGCAUCGCAAACUGAAGCCUCGUUAGCUUACACAGAGUAUGAAAGAUCAGGAAUUAAAGAUAAAAUUAUGGAUGACGUAGAUAAAGAAAGAAGUAAACAUUCACUGAUUGUUUUAGAAAAAACAAAGCUUCCUAAACAAAUACCCCCACCUGUUAAUGAGGUUCAAGUUUUGACUGCAAACAUCGAACCCACGUUUGAUUACGUGAAAAGUAGCUAUUUAAACUAUAAAAUGAAAAGACUUACUCAAGGUCGUUUAGAACAAUGUUCUAUUUCAAGUCUAUGGGAUAAAUCGGAGAAUGAAUUUACUCCCCCGAGUGACCUAAGCACACAAAUAUUUAGCCGUUCUGCUGAGAAAAUACCCAAUAAUCUCAUAAGUAACUAUGACUCUCCAACGACCCACACUAAUUUGAUAGAUAUUUACAAUAGACAAUCAAUGCAAACUAACUCUUCAAAACUUAUGGGAAACGAAAUAUACAGCGAUGCCCACAAAACGGUUAAACCAAGUAUAUUAAGCGAAUUUUCCAUAAAUAGGAAAGAUGGUGAGGCUAAAAAUAAAAUAACUAAACGACAAAAGACUAGUGGUAUUGUUGCAGAAUCUACUUCAAACAAAUCUACCGAUAAAGAUUUGUUUGUAAUUUAUCGAGAUAGUGAAAGCAGUAUAACCCCAAGAAAGUCAGGUAGAAGAGGUUCUACAGAUAAGAAAGGUCGUUCUGAACUAUUAGUGGAGGCAGUUACUGUUCAUCCUGCUGAAGGAAAAAUGUAUGAAGCACAAAACAAAAAUUAUAUGCAAAGUGAUUCUUUAAUGUACGAUGAUAAUGAAUAUGAAGAUGAUAGUGUUAAGUACAAAUUAAAUAUAAAUUUACCAAGGGUACAAAAUGAUAGUCCUUCGGUUAUCGCAUCUUCAGAAGAUGAUAAAAAAUCAUUGGAUUCAUACAAUUUGGGCAUUUACCCUUCACCCAGAAUAGUAUCAAGUUCUACUAUGAAUUUUAAAAACGAGUCUGAAAAUAUUUUAGAUACUCCAUCUUUGCCUACAAUACCUAACGAUAAGGGUCUGAAUUCAGAGUCUGAAGUUUUCCAGCCCGAAUUAUCUGAUAAUGGAACAUUAGGACUACCCACGAAGAAACAAGCGAAGAUACUUUACAAUAAUAUUACUAAACUUCAAGACAAACGUCAAAAUAGCAUUAAUUUAGGUAUUCAAAAGAUAGGUAACGAAUCUAACUCACGACGAUUAAAAAAAGAGAGCGUAUCGCACUAUAGACUCUCUCGCGUUGGAGCUGAUGUAUUGCUCAUUAAAACUGAUAAUGAUUAUAAAACUUCGGAAAAUGAAAACAACGUUGUUAAAGAGCUACGGCGUGAAAAUUUCGGACUAAACUAUAUUUUAAAUUCUGUACAACGGGAAAUAAAUCCUAUAAACCAUAUGAGCACUAGCAAUAUCACCAAAGCCGUGCGCAAAAUUCGAAGUGAAGAAGGAUGUAACCCAAUACAGUCCCAACAAGACAAUCUUUCGAUUCUAUCAAAGUUUGGUGAUUCUAUUAACAUGCAUACAGAAAAGAAAGCAGAUUUCAGUAUUUGUUGUAGUAAUGACAGUGUUUCAUCAAAAACUUUAGUAGACCAAGGUGUAAUGGUUGAUUUUAAUCAAGAAUACGAAAAGAAAAUACAGUACUUAAGUAAUGCAUUGAAAAACGCCGAGAAAGAUUUUAAGACAAAAAUUAGCGCAAUAAAAAUGCAAUAUGAUAGUAAUAUAAAAAACAUUAUGAAUGAACACAAUGAAGGUGUUAAAAGUAUACAAAACCUCCACGAAGAAACUUUACACGACGUAUUAAAAGAUCAUGAAAAUGAAGUAGAAAAUCUAAGAAGUAUGAGUAUAGAAGCUAUGCGCAAAGUAGAGAAAUUAGAGAAAGAAAAUCGCUUACUGAAAUCGAAAAUUCGGGAUUGUAGCCCAGUUUGUUUAGACGAGGAGCCAGUCAAGAUGUCAAUCGGCGAAGUAAAACGUCGCCGCAGGUCUCGCGACGUUAAAUUAUUGACGAAAACAAACGUUCAAGCAAUCAACGUGAAGCCUAGAACCAAGUCGCACGGUCCAUGCACCUGUUCCCCAGAUUUGAACCUGACUGACACUAUUCGCCACAUAUUCGAACAAGUCGAUGUGGAACAAAGAAAAGUGGCUGAGCAUACGUAUAUGAAGUACAUUGCUAAUAAGAUUUUGAACGAAAAUGUUGAGGCACUCGACGCUCAAGAGCUAUCGUUUCUACAUCUUAAAGUGUGCCGUAUAUGGAAAUUAAAAUUAACCAAAGAAGAAGCUCUGCAAAAGCGAAUAGAUUCUUUAGAGAACGAACUAUUAACUAAACGUCACGCUCAACAGCUGUCAAAGCUAGAUCGUGAUGUGGCAGAGGAGCGAAAGCACCUUCAAGAACUGCGUGAUGCUGUGUGCCGCAACGCGGAACCUAACCCGCACGCCGGUGCUCCUGCGCCGAAUGAACGGAGUCCAUCGCCACCAUUCCCUUCCACGGCCGCCGAAAGAGAUCUAAUUUGUAAUUGCCUAUCCGGAGCUUGCGCCCUUGAAAUGGGUGAGAGAAGAUCGGCCGGAGAUUUACUUCCGGCUUCGCAAAGCAAUCGUUUUAAACGGUCAAAGACAGAAAGCAACAGGGCGGUGUUGGCGAAACUAGAUAUUGAGGAACAUCGAGAAAGGAAAUUGUACACCGAAGAGCCCCCGACGCGCCUGCGCAAAUCGCACGACCGACACGUGCCACGGACUCCAAAGAAAUAAUUACUAACAUCUGCACCGGAAUUCCACAUUCCACAUAUCCGAAAAUAUUGGAACUGCAGAAUGUCGAAUUCCGAAUAUAUAAAGGCCCGAUAAUAUCAGUACUAUUUCUCUCCUCCCAACAAUUGACAAAAGUUGGGCAAUUUGAACGGGAACAAAGAAAGAUUUGGCAAUGAAAUAAUACAAAUACUUCUACGAUAAUUAAAAUAUGUUGUCUCGUUAAAGUGCAAAUAAAUCUGAAGCGAAAAGGUGUCAGUGUGUUGUUGUUUUGUAGUGGAAAUUUGUGAACAGUUUUUUUACAUAUUA